AUGGCCACGACGUCAGUAGCCGGUCCUUCCGCGGCCGUCUACACCGCCAGUAGCCCCGAUGGUUCCGACUUCAGAAGAUCCGGCUUCGUCCUUCCCUCUUCUUCGCGUUCACUUCUGUCUCCUUAUGAGGAUCAGGAUGGCGAGGCUGGCGUAGCUUUCUCUCCCCAUUCGAGGUUGGAUGCCCCCGCUCGUAGCUUGCCAUCCUCAUCUUCAUCUGCUUCUCCUCGGAGUCAGCAGAGGAGACGUAACAAUGUAGCGGCAGGCAGUGCUCAAGCGAACCGCAGUACAAACUUGAAUGGGAGGUCAUUGGCCGCAGAUAGCUCCCCUCUGAGCCCUGAUGGCUCAUCGCGACCUGAAACGUCGCACAACGCUGGCCAGGAAGACGACACAUGUAAGACACUCGACGGCUCGGCUCAGACCGGCAGGCACGGCAGGCAUAGCGCGAGCUCGACCAGACGAGGUUCGUCCUCGCUGGCUUUCUUACAACCUCUCGCACAUACUGCGGGUCCGACCAUCUUCCUCUCUAAUACUCGUCCACAUGCGCCAACAGCUCCUGGUGUGAGCCUGCACAGCUCCUUAAGUCCAUCGCUGCCGCAGACCGCUUUCCCAUUACAUAGACAUCAGCGCGCUUCUCGAGCGCCGGCAAGCUUGACAAGCGCCAACUUGGCAGUGGCUGCUCAGACAAGUAACGUGGCAGCUGCAGAUCAGCAGAGCGUUGGUUUCACAGCUGCAUCAGAAUAUGCACCUUCGGCCUCAAAUCUACCCUCUAGUGCCACCCCGAACGAUUCGAAAGCGGCUAGCAGCACGAGCGAUGCAACGGCGACCGCAACGUCGCCAUCUGCUUCUAUCGCGUCUUUGCCCAAAGCGCCAGCCUGGGGCGCUCCGAAGAAUUGGGCCACUUUGGCAUCAGGCACGGGCAGCUCGCAGUCUCUGGCCUACACCGCCACACCAUCAAGCUCAAGCGCGGUCGCCACUCCAAUCACAUCCACAGCAGGCAGCCCUGACACGUCUCGUCAACCCUCGAUCAAUGGCAGCGUGCAACUUUCUUCAUCGCAACAUUUGGCCAGUCGCCGGUCUACAAGCCGACCUCCUGUCCUUACUGAGAGACAGGCCCGCCUGCAAACACUCGAAGCUCGUCUUCGGGCAGCAGAGUCCGUCUUUGCCGCCCCUUUGACCGCUCCUCGAGGCAUGAUCAACAACGGUAACUUCUGCUUUGCGAACGCGAUCCUUCAAGUUCUUGUGUAUUGCGCACCGUUUGUCAAUCUAUUCACUCUAAUUGGUACGGAAGUUCCACCUGACUUCUCGAACUCGACACCUUUGAUGGAAGCCAUUAUACAGUUCCUUCGAGAGUUUCAUCCGGUUCCUUCGGGCGCACCGCCUUCUGCACAAGCUCUCGAUGCUUCGGAGCCGUUCGUGCCCGACUUUGUCUACGACGCUAUGCGCCUCACGAAGAGAUUCGAUACGAUGCGGAGAGGACAUCAAGAAGAUGCGGAGGAGUUUCUUGGCUUCUUGUUGGACACUCUGCACGAGGAGCUUUUGUCUGCUUUGAGAAAGCUAGAAGCUCGCGCCGGUGCGUUGGUGGCGAGUGUGGCGGCGGACGAGAACAGCGUAGCAGGCGAGGAUGAUGUAGGCGCGGAAGAGCGCGUCUUGCGUCGACCAGUGAGCCCCGGCGAGGAGGGUUGGAUGGAGGUCGGCACGAAGGGACGCGUCGCCCAUACCCGGACAGUGAGUAGCGACAAGCGGCGAUAGAAGUGGCUUACCACCUCGCUGACGGAGAGUGCCCGAUACGCUCUCGCUCAGACCGCUACGUCGGAUUCUCCGAUCACGAGGAUAUUUGGUGGAAAGUUGCGUUCCGUUCUGCGCACUCCCGGCAUGAAGGACAGCGUGACGCUAGAGCCGUAUCAGCCGCUUCAGCUUGAUAUAGCGCCUGCGCACAUUCACACGUUGUCGGACGCCUUGAAAAGCUUGGUGGAGCCUGAGAUCAUUCCUGGCGUGUGGAGCCCUGCGCGAGGUGCCCAGGUCGAUGCUACAAAGACGGUAUGCAUCGAAAGUCUGCCACCCGUCCUUGUUCUUCACCUCAAGAGGUUUGUCUACGAGGCUGGCGAGGUUCGCAAGAACUCCAAAGAGCUCGAGUUCUCCACACAGCUAGAGGUCGCCGAAGAGGUUGUGGCUCUCUCGAGAAGGGCUGAGGCAAAGCGGCGGUAUAGACUCUUUGGAGGUGAGUUGGACCAAGAGCCUUUUGUCCUGGCGGCAGUGGCUGACGCCCUACGCCUUCUUUCUUUUGUUGACAGUGGUCUACCACCACGGUCGCUUCGCCUCCGGCGGUCAUUAUACUGUCGAUGUGCUCAGACAGGAUGGCAACGAGUGGUUGCACAUUGACGACGUCUUGUGGUCUGCCUGUCCUCCACCUGGGGGCUCCUCCUCGUCCGUCUCGGCAUCGUCUACUGCACCGCAAGCAGCUUCACGCACGCACGAGGGCGUGCCUUAUCUGCUCUUCUACGCUAGGGAAGAUUCCUUGCCGCAAAGCGCUCUAGCCCAGGUCGAUGGUGACAGCAGCAAGGAAGCAACGAGCAAGCCGGUCGUCAACGGCAUACGACAUCAGCGAACCGUUUCUGCAGGAGAUGGUAAACAGAGGCAGGGUAAUGGAAGUGCAACACCACGCGUGCAGGCUCAGAGCCCCGCGACUAAUACCGGUGCUCCCCUUCCAGAAGCUGCGGCAGCUCCCAAGAAGAGAGUAGUCCCAGGUGCCGUACCGCCUCCUGCCAAAUUUGCCGUCAAAAAGCAGCCCAAACAAGACCGCGCGCCGGUCAAUGGAAACGCAAUCGUCCACUAA